AUGUUUGGAAAAAUAUUUGUGCCUUUUAUUCUUCUAUUUUUGGGAAAUACAGAAACUCGACUCAUAAAACAAGAUUGUAAAAGUGGAAGUGAGUAAUGUACUUUUGUUAGCAUAAUAUUAUGUAAAAUAUAAAUAUUUUAGUGUUUCUUACGCAUAUACAAAAAAUGUGCGUUAGAGCGCAUUUUCUUGUUUUAUGUGUUUUUAACGAGAUAAAAGUAAGUUAGGAUUAUUUGAGAGGGAAUUUUGCAAUUAGUAAAUUCCUCGAAGGAUUUUUGAUGGAAGCUUUUCAAAAAAUUAGUAAAACAAGUUCAGAAAAACAAUGAAAAACCGUGUAAAUGGCUUGAAAUUUUGAAAAAAUGCAUGUUUUGGAGGGUUUUGAGGUGAAAAUUUGGAAUUUUUAGCUUCAAAUUGACCUAGAGGCUUUGGAGUGGAAAAUAAAUUUGCCUAAAAACCAGAGGAUACUUUUUUGACCUGAAAUUGAAUUCAGGAUGAAAUUAGGCUGACUUGGGCUGAAAAUUGAGAUUUUCAGCUUAAAUAUCUCGCACUCCAUCUUUAAAUUGCUACUAGAGUUUUGCUAUAACUGAAAAUUUCGAUACAAAGCAAGAUUCCUUCAAGAAACACCAACUAUCCAACAAAUUUUUGAGGAGGAAAAAUGCCUUAUUUGCAAUCAAUUUCCAGACUGCUAUCAUAUUUUUCGACUUUCCGAUAGACCAGCCGAAGAGAAAAACACAACAACAAUGGUAAAAGUUGUCAAAAAUACAGAGCACGGACAGAAUUACUAUGAAAUUCAAAUUGCGAACGGCACCGAUUUGACACCCGAACAAUAUCGAGAGGUUUUGCAACAAUUGCCCAGAAAUGCCGAACAGGAAUUUUCGGUGAGCGGUUUUUUUCGACGAUUUUCAGCAUGAAAAUAGCUUAAACUUGGACAUUACACAACAUGUCAGCCCAAUGAAAAUUGGCAAUCGGUGAGAGUGAAGGAGACUUAGAGAAAAAUAGAUCAAAGGUACAUUAAAAAUUGUGGGUCUGAAAAUCAAUAAUUUUUGAAAAUGCCGUUUGGUGAACAUAUUUUGUUUCGAAAAAAUUGAGAAUGACUUUUAUUCACUUGGCAAAGUUAAAUUUCAAGAAUCAAUUCUCAGAAAUCAAGCUGAAGCCUAUUUCUAGAUUUAACAAAUCCUAGACCUGCAAAUACAACUCGCUGUAGAUCACGCGGGAUUUUAAUAUAUUUUCGUCUCUUUCACUCUCACCGAUUGCUUUUUGACAAGCUGUGCAUUUGCAACCGCUCUUGCUCUGAAACUCAGAAUCUGAAUCGAAUUUUUUUCGACAAAAGUUCUAGAAUCAUUUUCAGAAAACCGUCGUCGAUGAUAAAAUAAUUCUACGACCAGAACCGAAACAUGACGAAGCAAAAAAACCAGAAACCCAAAAUGUUGUGAGUUACCCCCGCAAUCAUUGCUCAUGUUAAUUAAAACUCAAUCCAAUUACCAUUCCAGAAAACCAAGCCACAAGUGCAACAAUCCAAUCAUCAUUUCCCAAUAAUUCUAGUCGCUCUUCUUCUUUGCAUCGGAAUUGUUCUCGGCAUUCUUUGCACCGGUUUAUUCCUCUUCAUUGCUCAUAUUAAGAAUCAGCCGACUUUUGAUCGAACAAAUGUGGUGACUUAUCGAAAAAUUGAGAUAACCAGGAGUAGUGGAACGGGAAGUCGAAGAGAGGAGCAGAAUAUUCAAUUGUUGAGAAGAGAUAAUUCGAUACAGAAUUCAAAUAUUUUACGACAACAAAAUAAUCAUACACCGACUACUGUAUCACAAGCAUGUAAGGCUUAAAAAUUGCUGAUUUUUCAGAAACCAGAUGAAAUUUACCCGAAAAAUUUCUAGGAAUUUUUGAAUUUUCAUUUUUGGCGCCAUUAAUGGUUUCAUUUCGAAAAUUUAAUUUUUAAUUCAUUUUUCAUUAUUUUGAAAAUUGGAAAUUUCCAGCUACAAAUUUAUUUUUUUAAACCGGCUCAAAAAUUGAUUAUUUUUCAUAAACCAGAUCAAAUUUACCAGGAGAAAGUCCGUGAAAAAACCGGGAUUUUCGAAUUUCCAUUUUUCAUCAUUUCGAAAAUUAAAUAUUUUUGAAUUUAAAUUUUUGGCGCCAAAAAUUCGGCCGAUGAAUUUUAAUUGAAAUUUCUUCUGAAAAUUUUUUAAAAAUUGGCGCCAAAAAUUCGCCACGUGUCAUUUUUUUGACGCUAAAACUUGUCAGAUUCAAAUUUGACGCAAUUUUUCAUUAUUUCAAAAAUUGGAAAUUUCCAGCUACACUUUCAUGCCACGUGGCAUUUUGAGCAAUUUCGAAAAAUCGAUUUUGCCACGUGGAUUAUUUCAGCUCAAAAUGCUCCAAAUUCCUGGAUUCAGGAUUCAGAAAAUCUGCAGAUUUUUGGGCCAAAUCUGUAGAUUUUUCGAACUUUAGAGCUCUCACAGGUUUCAUCAGGUUUCUAAAAAUUUUGGGCGGUUCGGAAAAAAAAAAAAGAAAAUCUCACAAUUUUUUUGUUUAGCGACAAAUCGAAUGGCUUCGCGUAACAAUGGUUUUCGUCAGAUCUCAUUAUGA